AUGUGGAAGGACCAGAGCAAGGAAAAGUNUGGUGACCAGCUGCUCAGCCGCACUCCACAUACUGGCCAGGCCCAGGGCCUGGAUUUCUUAUCCCGAGGCCUGGCGGCCACGGUGCAGGCGCCCACAGGCAGUUAUUCCUGUGGGGGCCACCUGUCCAAGCCAUCAGGGCACUUCUCCAGCCCCUUCUAUCCCAGCAACUAUCCGAACAACGCCAGAUGUGUGUGGGACAUCGAAGUCCAGAACAAUGACCGCGUGACUGUGGUCUUCAGAGACGUGCAGCUGGAGAGCAACUGCAACUUCGAUUACAUCGAGGUGUUCGACGGCCCCUACCACAGCUCCCCUCUCCUCGCCCGGCUCUGCCACGGGGCCAGGGACUCCUUCACCUCUUCGUCCAACUUUAUGACCGUCCGCUUCGCCAGCGAUGGCAGUGUCACCAGCAGGGGCUUCCGAGCGGAGUACUACGCCAGUCCUUCCAACGACAGCACCAAGCUGCUCUGUCUGCGGGACCAGAUGCAAGCGAAGGUGAGCAGGGGCUACCUGCAGUCCCUGGGCUACUCGGCCUGGGACCUCAUCAUUCCCAACUGGAGCGGAGUCGACCAGUGCAAGCCCCAGAUAACGUCGAGCGAGGUCACAUUCACCAUCCCCUACUCGGGCUGUGGCACCACCCAGCAGGUGGACAAUGACACCAUCACCUACUCCAACGUCCUCAAAGCGGCUGUGUCGAGCGGCGUCAUCAAGAGGAAAAGGGACGUCUACAUUCACGUCAGCUGCAAGAUGCUCCAGGACUCCUGGGUCGACAUGAUGUACAUCGCCAACAACACCCUCGAGGUCAAAGAGGUGCAGUACAGCCACUUCGACGUGAACAUUUCCUUCUAUACGUCGUCGUCCUUCUUGUAUCCCGUGACCAGCAGCCCAUACUACGUGGACCUGGACCAGGAUUUGUACGUUCAGGCCGAGAUCCGCCACUCGGAUGCUUCCUUGGCCUUGUUCGUGGACACCUGUGUGGCAUCCCCGUAUUCCAAUGACUUCACGUCUUUGACCUAUGACCUGAUCCGGAGUGGGUGCACGAGGGACGAAACCUACCAGCCCUACCACCCGCCCUCGCCCCGCUUCGCCCGCUUCAAGUUCAGCUCCUUCCACUUCCUGAACCGCUUCCCGUCUGUGUACCUGCACUGCAAGGUGGUGGUGUGCGGGGCCCACGACCCCGCCUCCCGCUGCCGCAGGGGCUGCGUGAGGAGGCCCAAGAGGAACGUGGGCUCCUACCAGGAGAAGGUGGACGUCGUCCUGGGGCCCAUCCAGCUGCAGGCCCCGCGCGCCUAGAGGAGGAGCCUGGGUGUAAACGACCAGAGAAUACGAAAGAAAAAGAGGGAUGUGGUUUGGGCAUCACUUCACCUCUACAGGAAUUCAGAGAAUUUCACUGAAAAUGAAGCCUUUUGA